AUGAGGAGAUUCAGAGAAGCAUUGGAGGAGGGGGGGCUUUUUGAUCUAGGUUGGAAAGGUGACAAGUACACUUGGAGCAAUAAGCAUGAGGAUGACACAUUUACAAAAGAAAGGUUGGAUAGAGCAGUUGCUAAUCUGAAAUGGAAAGGGAUUUAUAAAGAAGCAUGGGUAGAGGUGUUAGCAGCUAGAUGCUCAGAUCACAGACCACUUUUGUUACAUACAAACCAAGAACCUGCAAGAGUUUGGAGGGGAAAGAGACUGUUCAUAUACGAGGCAAAAUGGUCUCUUGAGGAGGAUUGUGAGCAAGUAAUAAAGAGAGCUUGGCAGGUGAGGGUAACAGAUAAAGAGUCUGGCAGGGGUCUGCAAAGGUUGCUAGAAAGUAGCAAGGGUGCCCUGAUGCAGUGGAGUAAAUUGAUUGAAAAUGAUAGGAGGAGAGACCUGAAGGACAGAACAGAAUUGCUUAAAAAGCUACAAGAAGAUGAAGGUUGCCACAACAGUAAGGAGAUCAAGCAAGUUCAAGCUGAGAUAGGGGUCUGUCUAGAGAUGGAAGACUUGAAGUGGAGGCAAAGAGCUAAAGUGGACUGGUACAAGCUGGGGGAUCGUAAUACUCAGUUUUUUCACAGCUGUGCUAAUCAAAGGAGGAAAACAAACAGCAUUAAGUAUAUUUUUGAUGGUCAAAAUGUGAGGCAUACCAACCAUACUCAGAUAGAGUUGAUAUUUAAUAGCUACUUUCAGGAUCUGUUUACUUCAUCUCGGCCAAGUUCAGAGGACAUUGAGGAGUGCUUGAAGGGGGUUGAGACCUAUGUGACAGCUGAGAUGAACUCCUAUUUAACAAAGCAAUUCACUAGAAUAGAGGUUGAGGCAGCCAUAAAACAAAUGGCUCCACUAAAAUCCCCUGGACCAGAUGGGUUUGGGGCCUGUUUUUUCCAAAAGUACUGGCAGGUGGUAGGUGAUGAAGUGAGCAAAACAGUGCUGGAUUGGCUAAAUGGUAACUCCCUGAUUCCUUCUAUGAACUAUACCUACAUAGCUCUUAUUCCUAAAGUGAAAGAACCAAGAAUGGCCAGUGACUACAGACCUAUUAGUCUAUGUAAUGUAGUUUACAAGAUUAUGUCUAAAGCGUUGGCUAAUAGGCUGAAGAAAUUUAUGAAUAAUGUAGUCUCACCAAACCAAAGUGCUUUCAUACGAGGGAGGUUAAUAACUGAUAAUAUAAUGAUAGCUUAUGAGAUGAUUGCAUUCUAUUUGGAAGAGCUAAAGCAAAAGAAUGGGGGAAAAAUUCAAGAGUUGCUUCUAACAUAUGAAAAGGCUUUAGGCCAGUUCCUAAACAAGGAAAAGACAACAGUGUUUUUUAGUACAAAUUCAAGAACAGAAGAGCAGAAGAAGAUAAAGGAGCUAGGUGGAAAUGUAAUGAGAGGGAGCUAUGAGAAGUAUUUAGGGCUGCCACCAGUGGUUGGGAAAUUGAAGUACAAUUCCUUCAGGAGCAUCAAAGGAAGGGUGUGGAAAAGAAUAAGUAAUUGGAAAAACUCCUUUCUAUCCUUAGCUGGGAAGGAGGUGCUGAUAAAGGCUGUCUUGCAGUCAGUUCCAACAUAUACUAUGAGAGUGUUCAAAAUCCCAAAAAAUCUUUACAAAGAGCUCAACUCUUUAAUGGCAAAGUUUUGGUGGGGAAAUCCUUCUAAGUCUAAUGGAAUACACUGGUGUUGUUGGGAAAAGCUUGGAAGACCAAAAGGGAGAGGAGGUUUAGGCUUCCGAGACUUAGAAAGUUUCAACUUGGCAUUGCUAGCCAAACAAGCAUGGAGGUUCCUUCAGAAUCCAAGAAGUUUGGUGGCAAAUAUUUUCAAAGAAAAGUACUACAGAUCAGGUUCUUUACUUGAGGCUAAGUUAGGCCAUAGACCUUCAUAUAUUUGGAGAAGUGUAUGGGGAGCACUAAAUUUGCUGAAGGAGGGACUAAGGUGGAGGGUUGGGAAUGACAAGAGCAUAAGGAUAUGGAAACAAAAGUGGCUACUAACACCAUCAACACACUGUGUUCAAGCUCCUAUUUCUGUUCUGGAUGAAAGAGCAAGAGUCAGUGAACUGGUUUCUAAUGGAGAAUGGGAUGUACAGUUGCUUAAAAAUAUCUUCAGGCAAGAAGAGGUGGAGCAGAUUUGCAGUAUUCCAAUUAGCAAGUCGAAUGCAGAGGAUAAAUUGAUAUGGGGAUGCACAACAACUGGCUUUUUCACUAUUAGGAGUGCUUAUCAAUUGGAAAUGAGCAGGAAUGAAGUUGCAAAGGGUGAAAAUUCAAAGAGAAGAGAAGGGGAUAAUAGAUGGCAAAGCAUAUGGGAUCUGAACAUUCAGGAAAAAGUCAAGUUAUUCAUGUGGAGAGCAAUGAAGAGUUUAUUAGCAACAAGAAGCAACCUGGUAAUGAGAAAGAUAAUUGACAAUUCGAAGUGUCCCAUUUGCAAGGCAGAAGAGGAAACAACAAGCCAUGCACUCUGGUCAUGCCCAGCAGCAAUAGAUGUUUGGGCUGAGUCUUUAAAGGUGACUCAAAAAUGGAAAUCCGAGGAAACUGAUUUACGCUCAGAGAGGAGGAAUGUGAGGUGGAGCAGACCAAGAGAGCAAGCUGUUAAGGCAAAUUGGGAUGCGGCAGUUGAUAAGAAAGAAGGAAAGGUGGGUAUUGGGGUGGUCAUUAGGGAUGAGGAAGGGGAGGUUUUGGUAGCAACAGGAGAACAGAUGAAUUAUAUGACAGAUGCUGCAAUUGCUGAGAGUUUUGCUUUGAGGAAAGCUCUGGAAGUGUGCCGUGAUCUAAAUUUUAACAAUGUUUGGUUCGAAGGUGAUGCACAAAAUAUAGUGAAUGCUGUCAAUACUGAGACAGAGGACAUGUCCAGGUAUGGUAGUGUCAUUGAAGAUGUGAAGAAUCUGUUGAAGGGUAGAAAAAAGUGGCGUGUGAGUUUUGUGUUCAGGGAGGCAAAUGAGGCUGCACAUGUGUUAGCUAGAGAUGUAUUAUUUUUUCAAUCAGAAAUUGUGUGGAUAGAGGAUGCUCCAGAUUGUAUAAGGGGUAUCAUAGGUAAAGAGAAGUCUUGUAGUGAGAAUAUAGUUCAAUGA